AGCCGCUGACGGAUUGUUCUGGAAGCGACCGAGCGGCAAAAUGGCGGCGAUGGCCACUGGACGACGCAGCAAGUGGGACCAGCCUGGCCCUGGUAUGAAUGGCACAUUACCAGGAGUGAUGUCUCCACAGGUCUCCAUGUCAACAAGCACCUUCCCGACUGGGUCAGUGCCAGCCUCUCUGCCUCCUGGGACUGCAGCCCCGUCACCCGGAGUGUCCGUGAGUGUAGGGCCCGUCGCCCCCGCCUCUGGAGCAUUAGACGCUGCAGCGGCUGUUGCAGCCAAGAUCAACGCUAUGCUGAUAGCAAAAGGGAAGCUGAAACCCAGUCAGAUUGCUCCUGAACAGGCCCCUCUUCCAGGGAAGGUGGCAGCAGCAGCAAAAAACAAGGAUGACCUGGUGGUGGCUGAAGUGGAAAUCAAUGAUGUUCCCAUCAACUGUCGAAACCUGCUGACCCGAGGGCAAACACAGGAUGAGGUUAGUCGGCUCACUGGAGCAGCUGUGUCUACACGUGGGAGAUUCAUGUCUCCAGAGGAGAAAGUACAAGCUACACCAGGAGAUCGUGCUUUGUACCUGCACAUCCAAGGACAGACACGUGAUGUUGUUGACAAGGCUGUGAACCGGAUUAAAGAGAUCAUUGCAGGUGGAGUUAUAAAGGCUGUCAGUACUUCCACCUCGCAGUUCAGUGGUCCAAUGGUUACUGUGUACCACCAGCCGGCCCCUGUUACACAUCCGACAACCACCACGGCAAAAUCACAAGCUGGGAUGCAUUAUGUGCAAGAUAAAGUCUUUGUGGGUCUGGAGCAAAUCGAUCCAGCCUUUAAUAUUAAGGAGAAAGUGGAGGGUCCAGGUGGUUCCUACCUGCAGCACAUUCAGGCCGAGACUGGUGCCAAGGUCUUCCUACGUGGAAAGGGUUCUGGCUGUCUGGAGCCUGCCUCUGGGAGAGAGGCCUUUGAGCCCAUGUACAUCUAUAUCAGUCAUCCCAAGCCAGAGGGCCUUUCAGCUGCGAGGAAACUCUGUGAGAGCUUGCUGCAGACUGUCCAUAAUGAGCAUUCUAGGUUCCUGAGUCAAAUUAAUUCUUCAGUCAUGACACCUCAAGGUUACCAACAAGUGCCUGGAGGUGCUCCCCAGCAGCAUUAUUACCCAGGCCAAGGCUACCAGGCCAGAUAUCCACUGGGUCCUGUACCACUUCAGUCCUCUCAGAGUUCAUACCCAAGACAAUGUGGCCCCGAUUCUGCUCCCUUCCCCGUCUCGGGGGCAGCACAGUCACUGGGCAUACCUGGACAGCAGAGCCCUGUGGUUGGCAGCUAUGCUCCACCGUUACCUGUGAACACGCCUGGUUAUGAGGGGAUGUCAGCUGCUCCAAGACCCUCCGCCCACCUCCCUCCACCUCAGGGGAACAAGAGACGCUUCACUGAAGAGAGUGAGGAGGAAUCGGCACUGCUGGGGUACCAGCAUGGACCCAUUCAUAUGACUAAUUUAGGUACAGGGUCCUCUCAGACCGGACGAAGUGGAACUGGUGUGAUCUUCGCUGAUCCCUGUGGCAGAGCGAAGGAGAGGGACAGGCAACUGAUGCCCCCACCACCGCGACUUCUGAACGAAGGGUUUGUACAGCCAGAAGACCACCGGGGGAUGUAUGGACCUCCAGCGAAUCUGGAUCAUCUUGGGGAGCCUUCGAUGAAGAUGAGGAGAAUGGGCGACCGGGGAUCGCGGCUUGUGUCCUACAGCGGAGACUCAUCAGAUGAAGAAGAAGAACAUUCCAGAAGGAGGCAAAGCAUGGCGCAUGGCUGGAGUGCAGAGUGCCACUACACACUACCCCCGCAGCGGGCCCAGCAACAGAUGCCCUUCUGGAUGGCGCCAUAGUCAACUGGUUCUUCAAGAGUAAGCCUGAACCAGCAGCCAACCCCCAACCCAGCUGAAGAUUAUGAUGGCCCUUGAUGUUACUGUGAACUAUUGGCAUGCAGACUGGCAAAAAGACACUUGGCUCAGUGGAACAAAACUCCUUGGCCCUGUGGUGAGGGUGCCAGAGUUCUGCUGGUGCAUGGUUAGAGUGUUAGAGCUUCAACCAUUAUGCUUCUUUUUUUGGGAGGGUGAGGUGGGGAAGUUUACCAAGAAACACUGAGUUCUCAAACUUUGAAGUUUACUUUUUUUUGUUUCCCUUGUGGUUUGUUGGAGUCUUGGGGACUGGUGUGGUAAUGUCCUCACAUUGGUGCAUGGUGAUGGUCUCUGCACACAGGAUUGCCACGUUUGUAUACUGGCUAAUGGAAUCCCUACUAACGCUCAACGAACUGGCUCUGGAAGGAACUAGAGCUGCACUGACUGAUGUUAAAGGUACAUUUCCCAUUUUACUGCCUGGGAGUCUCUAAUCAAAUCACAGACUGCGUUAUGCUGUAAGUUUCUAUAAAUGCUGGAGAGA